AAAAUGCAAAAGGAGACCGUGUUUGGUACCAGCAGUUCACCGGUUACACGCUAUGUGCCGAAACCAACUACCGCAUUACUACAGGAAACGCUGUUUUUAGCCGGAAGAAUGGCUUACGAAGCAGUCCUCUCUCGAUUACCGGGUUUGCAGCGAAGUCCUGAACUGAUGGAGCGCAUCGAAGAACUGGCGUUAGCAAACACGCUUAUGCCACGCUCGAGUACACCACGCUUGUCCGAUUCUUCUCAACUAUUGGCAGGCAUCGGCAGCGACGACGAGAAGUUGCUGAAGAAGGCGAUUGCUUUGGUGAUGUUAACGCUGGAGCCACGUGUUCGCCGUCGACUGCAUUAUUUGCUCCGUUUUAUGCUGCGUGUCAGCCGAAAUCACUGUCUGCGAAUGGACCAGCAACGGGACAAUCGUACACUUGUUCUUGGCAGCCUUGCAGAUAAGAUUGUUGGGCCUUCGGAUGGAGUAAGUGCGUCAGAUUGUCGGCAGUUAGUCAUUUUUUUGAUGGACAACGAGAGUGAUGUGUUCACUGUACCGGAUACUCUUAUCUCGGAAAUGAAGUCGUUGCAGCGUGAGGUGUCAAAUUUGGUUUUCUUUCAUAUUAUUUUAGUGAGUGGUCCUGAGUUUGUUCAUACCGGUUUUCCGAAAAGUGAUUUGGAAUUUGAGGCGUUCAGAAUUUUUUUUUUUUUUUUAAGGCAGCUUUGA